GUUGUUCGUCAGCUGCGUGCUGCGCCGGAGUGCUGCGCUGUCUGUGUCUCCUGUUACAUACAGGUGAAGUGAAGGCGCUGCGGGUUACAGUAAGGAGAGAUUACAGGUUCAGCAUGGCUUUAAGAAGCGCUGUGUGUCGUCUUCUCAUCCAGCCUCAGAGAUGUGUGGUCACUUCAGCGUUCAGAGCUCAGGGCACUGCAGCUCCGGCUCAGCGCGAGGCAGAGAAGAAGCAGGUUAAAGCACCUAAAGUGCAGUUUAACUGGAGGGAUGCCCUGGAUCUGGAGGGGCUGCUGACGGAGGAGGAGGUCAUGAUCCGGGACUCCUUCCGUACUUACUGCCAGGAGAAGCUCAUGCCUCGUAUUCUGAUGGCCAACAGAAAUGAAGUUUUCCACAGAGAGAUUGUGAACGAGAUGGGUGAGAUGGGUGUUUUGGGCCCAACAAUUAAAGGUUACGGGUGUGCUGGUGUGAGUUACGUGGCGUAUGGGCUGAUAGCUCGUGAGGUGGAGCGGGUAGACAGCGGGUAUCGGUCAGUGAUGAGUGUACAGUCCUCUCUGGUCAUGCAUCCCAUCAACGCUUACGGAUCAGAGCAGCAGAAAGAGAAAUACCUCCCCAGACUGGCACGAGGAGAGAUUCUGGGAUGUUUUGGGCUGACCGAGCCCAACCACGGCAGUGACCCCGGCAGCAUGGAGACCAGAGCCAAGUACAACCCGUCCAGCCGCACCUUCACCCUCACCGGCUCCAAAACAUGGAUCACGAACUCUCCAGUGGCUGAUAUCUGUGUGGUCUGGGCAAAGUGUGAAGAUGGUAAAGUGCGCGGUUUUAUUCUGGAGAGGGGCAUGAAGGGUCUCAGCACUCCUAAGAUUGAGGGGAAGUUCUCCCUGAGGGCCUCGGCCACGGGCAUGAUCGUCAUGGACGAGGUGGAGGUGCCGGAGGAGAACCUGCUGCCCAACGUGUCCGGCCUGGGGGGUCCGUUUGGCUGUUUAAAUAACGCUCGUUACGGGAUCGCUUGGGGAGCUCUGGGAGCUGCAGAGUUCUGCUUCCAUGCAGCUCGCCAGUACACACUGGACAGGAUCCAGUUCGGGGUGCCUCUAGCCAGGAAUCAGCUCAUGCAGAAGAAGAUGGCGGACAUGCUGACGGAGAUCACCCUCGGUCUUCAGUCCUGCCUGCAGCUUGGCCGACUUAUCGAUCAGAAGAAAGCAGCUCCAGAGAUGAUCUCCCUGCUGAAGAGAAACAGCUGUGGGAAGUCUCUGGACAUCGCCAGGCAGGCCAGAGACAUGCUCGGAGGCAACGGGAUCGCUGAUGAGUACCACAUCAUCCGCCACGUUAUGAACCUGGAAUCUGUCAACACUUACGAAGGUACCCAUGAUAUCCACGCCCUAAUCCUGGGCAGAGCCAUCACAGGACUGCAGUCAUUCACUGUGGAGAAGUAAAGCCCUGAUACUGCUGAUGUUAACAGGACGGAAAUGUACUACAACGACUGCUGCUGUCUUUACUUUGGUCUUUUUUCCAGUGGUUGAUCUUUUGGGUUUUCAUUGAACACUACACCUUAACAAGUCUUUAAUAGUAAAAGAAUAUGGCAUGUAAAAGCUGUGUUACAUGUGUUUUUAAAAGAUUGGUAUGGAAUCUCUGGCUAUUUAGCUGUUUUUACGUUUGUUGAGUUUGUCACUUUAUCAUAUAUAAUCAGCUAAUGUAGGCCUCCAACUAAAAAAACAGAAUUAUUUUUCUACUCUGAACAUGAACAUCCCUUGCACUGUAGUUUUGGCUUUUGUAUAUAGAGUAAAAAGUGUAAAUUUAGUAGAGCAGCGAGGGAGAAAGAACAGUGCCAUUGUUCUCAAGAAAACUGAACUGAAAGUAUUAAAAUAAAGGUCACAAUUUGCGAA